AUGUCUUCAGUUAAUUUAUUUGAUAGACCUUCAGGUCCACGUCCUUUGAUCGAGUUCAGAGCAGGUAAAAUGACAAAGGAAGGAAAUACAGUGAAAGCUGAUCCAAGAAAAGGUAAAAUAGCCUUGAUUGUUGAUCCCGAAGAUGGUCUUGUACAUUUCCAAUGGAGAGAUAGAAGUGAUAAAGUAAUUGAGGAUUCUAUUGUAUUUCAAGGAGAUGUUACUUUCUCUAGAAUUAAGAAAGUAACUGAUGGAAGAGUUUACUUGUUGAAAUUUACAUCAGGAAGAGAACUUUUCUAUUGGAUGCAAGAACCAAAAACCGAUAAAGACGAUGAAUACGAAAGAAAGAUCAAUGAAUAUAUAGAAAAUCCACCAAUGGAAGGAGGAAUGAUUGAUGAAGACAUACCUCUUCAACAAUCUACAACCACACCCUCGGAGACAUCAACACAACCACAACAAAACGCUGUUCAACUGGAUCAAUUGUCAAGAAUUAUUCAAGGAAUUAAUCCAGCAACAGCUCCUAGUAGUGGACAGACACAAACCUCUGCAACUCCAUCUCAACAACAGUCUUCAUCAUCUCAACAAUCUCAAGGCUCACAAGAAGCCUCUCUUCAAGAAUUAUUGAGAAAUUUCCAAGAACAUCAACGUGAAAAAAAGCAAACCAUUGCACUGGAACAUGUCAUUCAAUCCGAUGCCAUCAAUGAAAUCAUCAAAAAGCAUCCAUCAAUUUUAAAUAGAAAUGAGCUCUUUUCCAAUCUUCCUGAGGGUGACAAUGACAGAACCGCACAAUCAUUGUUAAGCCAUAUUAGAAGUCCUCAAUUUCGUCAAACAUUGGAUGUUUUCAGCAGUGCAAUGAGUACAGGUCAAUUGAGUGGGUUGAUGAGAGAUUUUGGUUUAGAUCCAUCUGUGGCAGAUCCAUUCAGCGGAGGAGGUCUUUUAUCAUUCCUAACUGCUUUAGCCAAGAAAGAAGAAGAAAAGAAAGAAGGUGAUAAAAUGGAGGAUGAGAAUCAAGAAGGAAAACAAUAA